GAUCUUGGCUUUGCAGUGCGACAGUCCAGCAGUUGGUGAUCUUUUAAUCGGUGUGUGUGUGCGUGUGGCCGUCAGUGACACGUUUUCACGGUAACCCAUAUCUUUUUUGGGGGGCGUUUUUUUUGUGUGUGUUCUCUGAAACUUGAUUUGCCAUCAAUGUAGUCUGUGUCAAAGACGAUCAUUUGCUUGUUGAAAUAUCAAACUAUCCAAUCGAACUGGAUGUAGGAUUUAAUUGCAACUCGAAAGUGAAGUCUCAUAUCAAACACCUUUCACUCUCACCUGGAUUUUUUGGACAUUUUUACCUUUUACCAAGCAGAUUGCUGGUGUCUUUGGUGAGCCAGUGUUUUUGCUUGUACGAUGAUGCUUCAUCAGCAACAACAGCAGCCACUCGCCUGGAACGCCAUGAGCGACGACGGCUGGAAUCCGAGGAGUUUGUCGAGUUUCCAAACAUUUCCACGGCACCCGUCGCUACCCGGAUCUUCGUCUAGUAGCUCCUCUUCUUCUUCGUCAUCAUCAUCAUCAUCUUCUUCUUCUUCGCCUUCGUCUUCCGGCGGUGGCGCUUCGCACCACCACGCCCAUUCAAAGUCGUUGAUUGAAGACGACUCCAAAUACAGAAGUCAAACUAAUAAUGUGAAAAGCGGCGCCAAACUAGCGCUCCUACCCGGCGUGACCCCCACUCACGGCCAUUCACGCUCGUUGGGCCAAUCCACCGAUUUCGUUCUUCAUCCACUUCAAACACGACGUCAAUCGUCUUUGAACGGACAUGACACCGACACUGAAGAUCCCGAUAUCGUUCAAGUGACGUUGGGUCAUAACGACCGUCGUUUCGGCUUCUCCGUCGUGGGCGGGUUAGAGGAAGGUUUCCCGCCUCGUAUCGAUGAAAUCGCACCAGGAUCCCCCGCAGACAAGGCGGAUCUGGAGAUUGGCGAUGAGAUCCUUGAGGUCAAUGGCAAGUCGUUGGAUGGUGCAACUCACACUGAAGUCAUCUCUCACAUCCACCAGUGCAUCCGCUCGAGGACGAUCUGCCUGAGAGUGAAGCGGAAGAGCGGCAACAAAUUGGCCCAAGAUUUGGCGGCCAAUAGUAACGUGCAAGACGCCUUUGUUAUCGCUGUGGAAAAACAAGCCCGUGAGCGGCUGGAAAGGUUGUCGGCGUUGAAGAAGAUAAAACCGGUCGACAUGACCAAACUCUCUCAACAGUUGAGUCACGACGGUGGAUCAGCGACGCCAUCUAACCGAGCCGCCGUUGUAGCAGCCGGGACGAAGAUGGAUGACGGCGAUAAAGAUGACGAUGAUGAGGACGAGGUCAUCAGCCAAGGACAUCGGAGUAAGAGCAGGACACCACCGCCAUCGACGCCCACCGUCCCGAAAAAGGACGGCGGUGUCCGGCUGUCGGUGACGUCGCCACCGCCGGCCUUUGCUGGCGCUCUAUCGCCUCCGGCCUCUGUGUCGGUCAUUUCGCCUUUCGGUUCGCCCAGCGGUUGGAUCGACGCUGCGAGUUCCGGCCGAGAUGCGAAUGGUGCCGCAGGAGCAGCAGGAGAUGUUCACAUCAACGGCGAUCACGUGACCCAAGUCAGGGUAGACGCCAUCGUCUUGACGCCGGAAUCGUCGAGUGGGGGCGUUUCGCGAAGGAACCACCACCAACCGGAAGCGGUUUCUGCCGACGAUGACGGAGAUGAUGGCGACGAUAAAGAGGUGGGAGAUCGUGACCAGAGUGAAUUGCUGGUAACGACGACCCGAUUGCCCGUGUCAUCCAAUGCCACACCGUCGUCUGCUAACAAAUGCGCCGCCGCCGGUGGUGGGGGUGAACGUUUGCACGUCACUGCCGUUCAAGUGGAACACACCGUCACCCAGGACGAAUCCGCGUUAAAAUCGGGCAAGCCGUUUGGUAGUCGGGAGAGCGUCAAACCAAGCGGCAGCCAAUGGGGCAGCAGUGAUCCGUUAGAUCAAACAACAUCGUCAACCGCCAUGGGCGCUAUGAAUGGCAAUCCAUCCAUGCGAAGUAGCACCGGCGCAGGGAGUAGCCGAGGAACAAGCGGCCGGAGUGCGGGCGGUGGCAGCACUAGUCACAGUAGCGAAGGAGGUAGUGACUGGGCAACUCACGACACUGGUCCGCACAGGGAAAUGGCUGUCGAUGUACCCGACACGUUCGUCGGCCGCACCAAAACACCACCUCGUUACCCACCACCCAAGCCGGCCAAUGCGUCGGCCGUUGUGGCCAACGCUCCAGUGGCCGUCAAUAACAAUUCGCCCGGAUUGCGCAAGAAGGUGGUGACGGCUCAGGCCAAUCAGGUGGCUUCCAACGGCAUGGUGAGCGGCAUCAUGAAGCCGGCUCCUCCGUCGCGAGAUCAUUUGCGCAUGGAGGACGACGGUCGAACAUUGGUCGUCAAUCACGCGCCUCCAACUGCCCAGAACUCGACUCGACUUCAACCUGCAACUCAAUCGGAACAACAGGCAGCCGUUCCGGCAAAAGCGGUGGGCGUUGAAGUGGAUGUUCUGAGCGCCGAGCAAAAGGAAAGAAUACGAAAGUAUCAGGAGGAUGAAAGAAAACGACGCGAGAAGGAGGAGCGCAUUGCCCGCGAGGAGGAGUUUCUGCGCUCGUCGUUGCGCGGAUCGCGCAAGCUCCAAGCGCUCGAAGAGAGUUGCACCAAGUCUCAUCCGGCUGGAGCAGCUGCCGCUGCAGCUACUGGAGUGGUCAACAUUGCCUACACCGGGCAUGACGAAGACGACGACGUUGCUAACGAUCCUGGUUUCGCUAACGCCGGCCUCGCUUGGGCUGCCCUGGCGCAAAACAAUUACCUGCUCAACAGCGGCAUGCAGAAGAUUGUCGGGUUGCAAGAUGUGACUGCGGCGCUCCAGCGAGUCCAGCAGCAAUUGAAGAAGAAUGGACAUGCCGGACAGGGCGUAGAAGCGGAUUUGGCUGCUGUGCAGAGUCUCUUGCUGUCGCCGGCCUUCCGGUCGGCUCUGACAAUCCAUUCGAAGGUGCAGGAAGUCUGGUGCUGCGGCCAGCCUACUUUGUCGUCUCAUCACAAUGUCCGGCAACUUGUCACUGAGUGUCUGAACGGACUGCAGCAGUGCGGUCGGCCAGAGGCGGUGGAGCUAGUGUCGUUGCUCGGUCGUUACGAAAUGGAAGGUCUCCUCUACGCCCACGAUCGAAUUGCAGAAGUGAGCACGAUCAGUACCGCCCCGUUGAACGACUCCAACCUCAGUGGUGACGAUAUGGACGCGAUGCCCGAAUCGGCUUUCAUCUCAUCGCAUCUGUCGGGUCAUUCACCCGCUCAUUCGGCCAGCGGAUCUUCGCAACAUCAUCAAGACAGGACUUUUAAAGUCAUUUCCCUCGAAAAAUCAAACGAACCUCUGGGCGCCACCGUGAGGAAUGACGGUGAAGCUGUGGUGGUUGGUCGGAUUGUUCGCGGCGGCGUUGCCGAACGUUCUGGUUUGCUGCACGAAGGCGAUGAAAUAGUGGAAGUGAACGGCGUCGAAGUGCGUGGCAAAUCAAUCAACGACGUCUGCGAUCUUGUGGCAUCCAUGACGGGCACCAUCACCUUCCUCAUUGUUCCAGUCGGAAGUGGAUCCAUCUCCAAAGCGCCUGCUGGUGUCCUUCCACCUAAUCCGGUGGUUCAUCUCAAAGCUCAUUUUGAUUACGAUCCAGAGGACGACCUCUACAUCCCUUGCAAGGAACUCGGCAUUAGUUUUAUGAAGGGCGAUAUCCUUCACGUCAUUUCGCAAGAGGACGCCAACUGGUGGCAGGCAUUCCGCGAAGGUGAAGAGGAUCAAACAUUGGCUGGUCUCAUUCCCAGUCGAUCCUUCCAGCAACAUAGGCGAGAGGCGGUUAAACAGGCCAUGGUCAUUGACACGACCGAAAAUGAGAUCACGUCGCGCUCCAAGGCCGGCACGUUGCUCUGUGCCAAAAAGCAACACAAGAAAAAGAAGAGAACUAGUUUCCGGUCCAACUAUGGCAAAGAAGAAAGCGAAGAAAUCUUGACUUAUGAGGAAGUAGGACUGUAUUACCCUCGUGCCAAUCACAAACGGCCAAUUGUUCUUAUCGGUCCGCCCAAUAUCGGUCGCAAAGAACUGCGCGAAAUGUUGAUGCAGGAUUCCGAACGUUUCGCUCCAGCCGUUCCUCACACGAGCCGGACGAAAAAAGAUUCCGAGAUCAAUGGCCAAGAUUACCAUUUUAUUUCGCGCAGUCAGUUUGAGGCCGAUAUUAUCAACCGGAGGUUUGUCGAGCACGGCGAGUACGAAAAAUCGUACUACGGCACGACGCUCGACGCCAUUCGAACGGUCGUUUCGGCCGGCAAGUUUUGCGUCCUCAAUCUACACCCUCAAUCUCUGAAAAUCCUCAAAGAAUCCAAUUUGAUGCCUUUUGUCGUCUUUGUGGCGCCACCGUCGCUCGAGAAAUUGCGAGCCAAGAAACGAGACAAAGGGGAAACUGUCAAGGACGAGGAUUUGAAAGAGAUCAUCGAAAAGGCUCGCGAAAUGGAGGAUGUCUAUGGUCACUUUUUCGACAUGGUCAUUGUGAACGGCGAGGAAGAGCGAACCUACAGCCAAUUGGUUAGCGAAGUGAAUCGAUUGGAGCGUGAACCGCAAUGGGUGCCAGUUGUGUGGCUCGACCGUAACAGCAACGAUCACAAGUGAAAAAGCCAUUCACCAGCAGACAACAUCUCGAGGCGAAAGUGCUCCUCUUCUUCCAUAUUUUAUCUUCCCCCCGCUACAAGAUUGAAAAGAAUUCCAUUAGACGAGAGAGAGAGAGAGAAAGGUAAACAAAAACAAAAAAAAGAAAUAAUUAAAAAUGAUACCCAUCCCUCCUUUUAACCGUAAACAAUCGUCCGUUGCUGUUUUUCCUGCAUUGCGCUCUCCCCUAAAAUAGAGGACGGGAAACAUUUGCGUCACCCCAUAUAUAUAUAUUUAUACAUACAGUAAAUAUAUAUUAGACCCUGUUUGUUUUUGUUUUUUUCGGUGAACGAUAUCCCGUUAAAUCUCCCGUCAGCUAAUGAACUUAGACGACAUGGGGGGAGAGUCGAACGUCGGAGGAGCUAAUCAAAUCUUUUAUUUUCUCCCAUAUUUUUCGGACAUUGAUUUUUUUUUUGUUGUUCUCUUUCAUCUUAUGGCCUUUACUUUUGACGGAAUAAUUGACAUUUAGCACCACCCCACCCUCACCCCCCAGCAGACGAAAAAAAAAAUGUUGUCGAUUAAGGAAAGUUGUAGCCAUUUUCUUUAUUUUAGACGCGCGAAUAGAGAAAAAUUGGUCGCAUAUUUUUGCUCAAGAGUUCGCACGGCGCGUAACCCGAGACGGGCAACAGCGGGCAUUCAAAAUAAAGAAAAGACGACAUAUAGUAUUCUAUCGACGUAGUGAUAAUCCAUCCACCCCCUCCCCAGGCCCGUUUCCAGAUUUCACCAACCAAUCACUUUGAUUAAGAGACGCAAAACACAACAAGAAAAAUGUUGAUAAUAAUUUUUUUCGUCCCCGUUGUUCUAGCAAAUCGUAUAUAUUAUAUAUAUAUAUAAACAUACAAUCUAUUUUGAAUGUCCCCAAAAUGUGUUUUCUUUUUUUUUUCUUUUGGCUCUUCUAUUACUCCAAUGAAUUUUUUCGUCUGCUUUUUCGUUUCUCCGCUUGACAUGUUUAAAUCGACUGAGAAAACUAAUGGAAAAUUAACAAGAAAAAAUAGUGUCCUCUACUUCAGCCCCUUUCGUCUUUAUAUUUCUAUCACUACCAACCGUCGUGUACAGAAUUUAUGUGUAGGUUUCUACUGGGCCCCCGCGUGUGUUUUUGUGAAACAAUUUCAGUUUUUCCCCACUUGGAAAUUUUUUGUGCGUUUUUUUUUUUUUUGAACAAUUUUGUGGGGCACACGCAACCACACACAUCCUGUAAAGUUUGUUGAUCCUUUAUUUGCGCUAUAUAUUGCAAUUUCUCUCUCUCCGCCCCUCGUCGAGAUCUUUUUUUAGAACAACUUAAAAUAACCUGUUUGUGCCCAUCAUCUUCCCUGUUUUGUUUUUUUGUUUUCAACUCUCUUUGUCCUCGCCAUUUUUCGUGUGCGGAUUUAGAAACUUUUUGUCUCGGUUUGUUUGAAAUUCAUUGCGACUGAUUGGCCAAACAAGUUCUUUUUGUGUGUCCCUAAAUUCCCAAUAAUUCUAUUUUCAUCCCAUUAUCAUUUCCCCCUCCCCCCUGUUCUAUAUUUAGUUAAAAAAAAAAAAAAUUCAUCCCAAUUUUUUUUUUUUUUUUUUUUGUUCAAUUUGUACCAUUGACGAGAAACCCGAUUGACUCCUCUGUCACUUUGAAUGGUUAUUCUAUACAUACACUGACGAGACUGCGAA